ACUGGUAAAAUCAACAAGUCUGCAAGAGCUUUGCAUGACUGCAGAUCACAGAUCACUUACUUGUAGCCCGCAAACCGAAAGAGCGGAAGAGCCAAAAACCACAAGCUAGCUAGCAUUGGUAGACUACUCUUGUAACCAAAGAAGACUCCAUGAGUUUUCCAAUCGCACCAAUCUCCUCGAGAAAAAGAGUGGAACGAGCCACCAACCUUGCAAAAACUGGUUUCGCACCUCCUCUGAAUACAAUCUAACGCUAGAGCUUUAGAACAUAGUUCCCUCCAAUCAAUCAAAGCAACUACUGGAACCAGAAGAUCCACCCGGAUAAUCAACGGUGCGUACUAUAGUACACUUCAUAAUGCAAUUUCCUGGGCCAGACCACUGCGAUCAAAUCGAGUUGAACCAUCGUCGCAACGACGAAGAAACGCUGGUUUCCUCUGUCACAGGUUUUUCUGUGGGCCUUUACCCACUUUCAGGAAGACUCAUUCCCUCGUUAGAUCAUCCGAUAGACACCCAAAGUUCCGCCCUGGAGCAGGUUCAACCAGGAUGGAAUGGAGCAGGCGCGACCGCUGGCAAUUGCAACGUCGCAAACAACGACGACCUGGCCAAGUCGGAAUAUGAUGUUGAGCAAGCUUCGGAAGUAGACUAUUCCAUUGUUGACCAUCUGGUCAAACGCGGGGUGAUCGCACUUGAAGCAAACCAAGAGGUACACGACGGAGACAAAUGCACCACCAGCAAACAAACCCACCGAACACAACACAGCUUGAAAGAUGGCAGCAGCAAAGGAUACGAGGAUGUCUUCCAGACAAGAAGAACUCAGCAGCAUGGAGCAGAAAGUCACCUCGUUGAAGCGUGGAACUCUGUUGCUGGUACCUUCGAGAACUCGAACAGAGGCGUGUGCUCGGAACACAAGGCCGGAGCAAACGAACUAGGAAACGGAGCAAACGAACUAGGAAACGUCACCAUCCCUCCUCGUAGCGGCCUUCCCGGAGCUUACGCAGAAGGGGGAAUUGGCGUGCAUCGUGAUCACUUGGAGUUUGAAGAAAGGAACGGCAAUCCAGCUGUAGAUCAAUCCCACGACGCAGCUACGUUGCCAAAUGCCGUACCGGUAGAAGACAAUCUUGAGGUGGCAAAGGAGUUUCGUGUGGAGAGUGCAAGUGAACCCAGGGGAAAGAGGCACAGCUGUGUCAUUGUUUUGUUGCUUUGGUUGUCCCUCCUGCUUGUUGCAAUACUACUUCCAAUGAAGUUGCUUGAUCCGAAGUCCUCUACAAAAGUAGAAGACGACGAAGAGACUUCAGCAGAGCCUCCCGGUUCAAAUUCCAAUACAACCUUCAUCAUUGACCUACCAAGCUACACUCGACAAGCCAUAAUGGAUGACAACCAAUCACCACAAGCAAAGGCAUACACCUGGCUACUUGAUGAUCCCUACUUGUUGGACUAUACAAAUGACCGGAAAGUACAGCGCUUUGCUCUUGCUACUCUGUUCUAUGCAACCAAUGGGCCCUAUUGGACUGCUAGCCAGCACUGGUUAGACUAUGAGAAAAACGAAUGCCAGUGGUGGAAUUUGGCAAAGCUUCCUCCCUUGGGUGCUGAUGCCUGCACUGGUGGAGACAAUUUCAAUGCUCUUGCUCUUGCAGGAAAUCAAAUGCAAGGAAGCAUCCCGAGGGAAGUGGGUUUGCUAUCAACGCUGAGAGCUCUUGUGCUAGGAGACCAAGACAAUCUUGUUGGUUCUAUUCCCAUGGAACUUUGGAAACUCUCAGGCCUUGCUGUUCUUUCAUUGCACCGAAACAAACUGACAGGCACGCUUCCAUCAAAAGGACUCCUUGCCUCUCAUGAAGCAAUGGUAUACAUGUACUUGGCUGGCAAUCAGUUAAUUGGAACAAUCCCCACUGAGAUUGGUCUGUUCCAAAACCUAACGCUCCUUGGGUUGGGUGACAACCAAUUCACAGGAACCUUGCCAAGUGCAAUGGAAUCCAUGGCCAGGUUGGAGUACAUUGGUGCCCAGGCAAAUGCCCUCACCGGCACUCUCCAUCCCACUUUGUUUGCAGGAUGGAGUAGCAUGACCCAUAUCGUACUUCGUGAAAAUCUCCUUUCAGGAACACUCGCCACUGAGAUUGGAUUGCAGGCAAAUCUUGAGUUCCAAGAACCACUGCUCCAUUUGGACAUCUCAAGAAACCAUUUAGCUGGUAGCAUCCCCAGGGAGGUUUGGCACCUUCAUGGAUUGGAGAGUUUGCGAGCAAAUUCCAAUGCGUUCACUGGAUCUAUCCCAUCUGAUUGCGGAGACACCAUGGGGAGCUCAAUUUGGGGCUUCAACGUUUUUGAUAACCAGAUGACUGGAACAAUCCCUUCGUCUAUUGGGCUUUGGACAAACUUGGAAGAGUUUUUGAUACAUGGAAAUACCUUCGAGGGAAGUCUCCCUCAAGAGCUCUGGGAGAUCACAUCUCUUCAGAAAGUGGGUAUUGGUGGGAACUUGAUCGGGUUUAUUCCGGAGAUUCUUCCAGAUUUGGUGUGGUUGGAGCUUCUGUCACCUCUCCUUAGUGGUGUCAUUCCAAGCAACGUGUGCACCAAGCCUGACAUGAUACUCCUGAAGUUGAAUUGUUCAGAAACUCUUUGCGGGUGUGACUGUAGUUGCAACGGCACCAUGGAGGUUUGAGCCGCACGGCAAACCAAAAGGAGCGCGAUCGUUCAUGCACUGUAUAAACUUGUGAAAGCAGCGCUUCAGAAUUGAAAUGGCGUGGUACUGGUAGUCUCAAGUUGAGACAAUUGUGGAAAGGCGGGCUGGGCUAGAGAAACCACUGGUACGCAGGAAGGUACCUUUCCUGUUGCCUCUUUUCGAGACGGGUUCUUUCCUGUUGCCUGUGACCUGUGACCCCUAGCUAGAGAUUCAGUUGGCGAGCGCUUUGGCUUCAUCAUGGUGUUGCGAGCCCUACAUAUGCACACAUGAUUCUACACAUGUUCCGAGAUCUAUCGAGACGAAGAUGUGCACUGCCUUGAUGAAGAUCUCAAGCCAUAGGAAGCCUCAGUGGCCUCAAUAUGUAACAUCAU